UGCAAAAAUUCAACCUUCUCAAUGAGGACUUGGCCUCUCAAGUAAGACGCACAAAGAUUAGUACUUUUUUAACAAUGUGUCCAGCGAGUCAAAAACGGAUACAGGCCUAAUUUUGUUCUCGUAACAUGCGAAUAGCAAUCGUACUUAAAAAAAACUGUCGAAAUAGCUUUCCAUUUUUCGGCCUUUUUGUAAGCAGUCCACCAACAUAUCUGGAGAGCUCAUUCGGUGAGCGGCUUUAGCUUUUUGGACGUUUUACUUCAGUGAUACUCUAACCAUGGAGUACACUUCUCCGAAGCCUCAGCUCUCAUCCCGGGCAAACGCAUUCUCUAUCGCCGCUAUCAUGUCAAGUGGAAAAACGAAGGAAAAGGAAACCGAGGAAAACACUAUCAAGCCACUUGAACAAUUCGUGGAGAAGUCCUCCUGUAACCAGGGUUUGGGAGAGCUAGCUUCUCUGGAUGCACACGGAGAUUUCAGCGGGAGUACGCCUGCAGUGUGCACAGAGCCUCUCAUCCCAACCACCCCCAGUGUUCCCAGCGAGGAGAUGGCCAAAAUAUCCUGCAGUCUAGAGACCAAGGAACUCUGGGACAAAUUCCAUGAGCUUGGCACAGAGAUGAUCAUCACUAAAUCUGGAAGAAGAAUGUUUCCCACUAUCCGUGUGUCCUUUUCCGGGGUGGACUCCGAGGCAAAAUACAUCGUGUUGAUGGACAUUGUACCUGUCGACAACAAACGCUACCGAUAUGCCUACCACAGGUCGUCCUGGCUCGUGGCGGGGAAGGCAGAUCCUCCUCUGCCGGCACGGUUAUACGUGCACCCUGACUCUCCAUUCACUGGUGAACAGCUGCUAAAGCAAAUGGUUUCUUUCGAGAAAGUGAAGCUCACCAACAACGAACUGGACCAGCAUGGACACAUCAUACUGAACUCCAUGCAUAAGUACCAGCCCCGGGUGCACAUCAUAAAGAAGAAAGACCACACUGCCUCACUGCUCAACCUCAAGUCAGAGGAGUUCCGCACCUUUGUCUUCACAGAGACUGUCUUUACUGCUGUCACUGCCUACCAGAACCAGCUGAUAACCAAGCUAAAGAUCGACAGCAACCCGUUUGCCAAAGGCUUCAGAGACUCGUCCCGACUGACAGACAUGGAGAGGUUACAGCAAAGAUAUGAUAUGUCUUGCAGGGAAAGUGUUGAGAGUUUGAUCCACAAGCACUCAUACGCCCGGUCGCCAAUCCGCACCUACGCCGGAGAGGAGGAGACACUGGGAGAGGACGGACACUCCACGCACAGGGGAUCAGCAUUCACGGCUGCUGACAACCUCUCCCUGAGCUCCUGGGUCACCACCACUUCUGGUUUCUCAGGCUUCCAGCACCCCCAGUCCCUCUCUGCCAUGGGGUCCAGCAGCACUUCCCUGACCAGCCCCCUGCCUCACCCCAUCCAGGGCUCCCUACCCGCCUACGGGCGUCUGGGCAUGCCUCUGACGCCCUCUGCCCUGGCGGGCACCAUGCAGGGCAGCGGGCCCUCGUUUCCUUCCUUCCACAUGCCCCGUUACCACCACUAUUUCCAGCAGGGCCCCUACGCCGCCAUCCAGGGACUGCGACACUCCUCCACCGUCAUGACCCCGUUUGUAUGACUCCCUCUGGGUUGACUGCCUGGCCAAGAAGGCCCUCAUCAGCCAUGCUUAUACACACACACUCCCACACCAACCGCACCCUUCAGCAUCAUCAACUAUCGUCACUACCAUGUCUUUGUAAAUAACAAGCCCACCGCCGGAGGCUGCUGACUGGACGACCUGGAGACGCUGCCUGGCUGCUGCCCUGCAUGCUGACAGCUGAACCAGAGAGGAAACAGACUCGCAAUGGGACCUGAUGGAACAGACACACAGACCUAAAGACUGAUAUGAACACUAGAUAUCAACACUAAUCACCUACAUAUGAACAUUUACGACCCAGAUAUGAAGACCGAUGAUCUAGCUAUUAAAGAACUGGACAAUACAUCAACAGAGAUGCUAGGGACUGAUGACUGUGCACCGCGAUGAGUCGUGGGAGAGAAAUAAGAGCCUUCCCUUCAACUGUUGGUCACACUAUUCAUUUGACACCGGCUCCUCAAGAGCAUGAACAGGAGAACCAAGGAACUGUCUGGCUUAUGGAUAACGGAACCAGAAAGUGUGGUGUUUUUUAGUUCACUAACAGCUUCUAAGGACAAGGCACAACUACCGACCACAGUGGGAAACAGAGUUCAGUCCCCUGCUGCUGGAACUGGGAGGAAUGGCAGCCAUUUUAAACUGAUUUGAGGGAUGCCCCUUGUCUGCUGACCAAAACAUACAGGGGGAAACAACAUGCUUAAUCACCUAUAUGAACUUCAUCUUUAUGAAGUUUGUUCUAAGGGCAGAACCCUGGCAUUUGUCAUUUAGUCAGAUGCACAUCCUGUAGGUAGAUGCAAUUGACUAAGAGAAUCCCUCACUUUUAUAAGUGUAAAAGCCAGUCAUAUGUACAGUGAAGACAAAUACCCCCCCCCCCCCCCCCCCCCC